AUGUUGAAUGGUCAGUAUCACCAGCUGGGAGAGGAGGUGAUCCUGACAGACACCUGCCGCAGGAAAUGCAGCUGCCGGCAGCCUGCCCAGCCAAUGCAGUGCCAGGAUCAUGCCUGUGGGGCUCUGAAGAUAUGCAGUAUUGUGGACGGCACCCGAGGCUGUUACCCUGUGACGUUCAGCACCUUAUGGGUGUUCGGCCACUCCCACUACACCACGUUUGAUGGAGUCAUGUUUGAUUAUCAAGGAGCCUGCAAAUACACCUUGAGCAAGUACUGUGGCCCCAUGGGGAGCCUCCCCGACUUCACCAUCAAAGUGGAGAAUGAGCUGAAAAGCUCCAUUGCAGUGUCCUGGACGCGCCUGGUGGAGCUAGAUGUCUAUGGGGAGCGUAUUGCUAUAGCAGGGGGACAGUACGGCCAGGUGCAGGUAAAUGGAUCCCUGGCCAAUCUGCCCAUAGUCCUUGCAUCAGGCAAACUCUACGCCUAUUUCAGCGGCUCUUCUGCUGUGCUCCAGACCGACUUUGGCCUCUCUGUGUCCUACGACUGGUCCCACUCUGUGUCGGUUUCUGUUUCUGAGAUCUACUCUGGGUCACUGUGUGGACUCGGUGGGGAUUUCAAUGGGAACCGGAUUGAUGAUUUCCGGACCCCAAACGGUUCUGUGGUCCAUGAUGCCGUCACCUUUGGCAACAGCUGGAAGGAUGCCAAUUCCCCUUUUCACUGCACAGCUGUUGGGCUCCCAGCCCAAUGUAAUGAAAUGGAACUAGCCCAGUACAGGUCUCAGAGCUACUGCGGGCUCAUCGCAGACACUGCUGGGCCUUUUAAAGAGUGUAAGCAGCCGGUUGAUGCUCAGGUUCACUUCGAGAGCUGCGUCAGGGAUGUGUGUGUGACUCGGGGCAGCCGCGAGACCCUGUGUCAAAUGCUUCGCAGUUAUGCCCAGUGGUGCCAAAGUCGUGGCAUUGCCAUUGAGCCGUGGAGACAGCGGGCUGGAUGCGAGUUAACCUGCCCCGUCAACAGCCACUAUGAGCUCUGUGGACCUUCCUGCCCGGCCUCUUGCGCCCACCCAGCUGUGCCCUCCCGCUGCCGGACUGCGUGUGAAGAAGGGUGCCAGUGUGACCCUGGCUUUGUGCUGAGUGGCACUGACUGUGUGCCUUGGGGGCAGUGCGGCUGCACCCACAAUGGCAGAUACCACCUGGCAUGGGAAAGCUUCUGGGAAGGAGAAAAUUGCCAGAGAUUGUGCAGAUGUAACGGCUCCUCCCACUCUGUCCAGUGCUCCCGCUCUGCCUGUGGCCCUGGGGAAUUCUGUGGCACUCGAAAGGGGGUUUAUGGGUGCCAUGAACGAACCAAUGGCAUCUGCUGGGCUUCUGGGCUGCCCCAUUACACGACGUUUGAUGGGAAGCGAUACGAUUUCCAGGGCACCUGCAAAUAUGUCUUUGCUGAACUGUGUGGGGCAUCAAAGUCCUUACCCUUCUUCAGAGUGGAAGUGAAGAAUGGAAACCUGUCCCAUGUUCCUGUGGCUAUGACCUCGGAGGUGUUUGUCCUUGUGAACAGGACUGAGAUCCAUCUGCAGAGAGGGCAGCACGGGACAGUCAAGAUUGCUGGAGUGACUGUGACUCUCCCGGUGAAUGUUGAAACACUAGGAGUUGCCAUUUAUCAGCAUGGGCUGUAUACUGUGCUGCAGACUCCCUUUGGGCUGAGUGUGAGCUACGAUCUGGCCCACAGCCUCUUUGUCACCCUAUCCCCUGAGUACCGAGGCCAGACCUGUGGGCUGUGCGGGAACUUCAAUGGGGCCGCUGAGGAUGAUUUUGUGACGCGUAAUGGCUCCCUGGGGAAGGACGCCUUCCACUUCGCUGCAGACUGGAAGUUGGAGGAUGUCCCUGGCUGUGAUGACGGCUGCUCUGAUUCCUGCCCUGGGUGUGAAGAGGAGGUAAGUCUGGUGCAGUCCAAGUCCCGGUGCUGGGUGAUCCAGGAUCCCAAUGGGCCGUUCGCCUCUUGCCACUCCCAGAUUGACCCAGGCCCCUAUUUGUCUGAUUGCGUCUUUGCCUUGUGUGUGUCAGGAGGGGAGAGCAGAGUCCUGUGUGAGUCCAUUCAGAUCUACGCAGCCGCCUGCCAGAGAGCGAAUGUCUCCAUCUCACCUUGGAGGAACGAAUCUUUCUGUGCCCCAGGAUGCCCAGCAAACAGUCACUACAAGCUCUGCGAGCCCCCCUGCCGGGACUCCUGUGCACGCAGCAUGAUCCAGGCUCACUGUAGCCGCCUGUGUGCUGAAGGCUGUUUCUGUAACACCGAGUACCUGCGCAGCGGGGCCAGCUGCGUUUCAGAGAAGCAGUGUGGCUGCGUGCGCAACGGGCUGCACUACCCGGCUGGGGACCGGGUCUGGCUCUCUGGUUGCCAGGAAAGGUGCAGCUGUGACGGCCACUUCAAUUUUCAUUGCGUCCCUGCCAGCUGUAACCCCGGCCAGCAGUGUGCGGUGAAGGAUGGGAGACUGGGCUGCCAGAGCCAGCUGAGCACCUGCACGGUGACAGGGGACCCUCACUACUUCACCUUCGAUGGGGCUGUGGCCCAUUUCCAGGGCACGUGCGCCUACGAGAUCUCACGCACCUGCAAUUCCUCCCUCGACUUCUCCUUCCGAGUGGUGGCCGAAAAUAGGCACCGCAGGAAUCGCCGGGUCUCUUUUGUCUCCCGGGUGGACGUCUGGCUCGAGAGAGGCGACCAAAACACUCACGUUGUCCUAGGGGACAGCAAGGCUGCUGAGGUUAACGGGGCGAGGGUGAGCCUGCCGCAUGCCCUGGGCCCUCUGGGCAGCGUGUCCAAGAUCAGAAACCUGGUGACCAUACAGACCCCAGCCAAUGUGGAGAUCCAGUUCAACGGCCGCCACACGCUGUUCGUCCGCGUGGGCCCGGAGUACCGGGGGCAGCUGUGCGGGAUGUGUGGGAACUUCAAUGACAUCCGCAGGGACGAUAAGGUCCUGCCCAGUGGGGAGACAGCCCGGAGUGAUGCAGAGUUCGGGAACGCCUGGAAGGCUGAGUCCAGCCCGGCCAGGUGUGUGGAUGACACCGACUCCCUCGAGCCCUGCAGUGACCCCCUGGAGUUUGAAGAGCUCUGCGGGACCCUGACUAGUCAAUCGGGACCGUUUGCCGAGUGCCACUGGCAUGUGGACCCUGCCCCAUUUUACUCCUCCUGCUUGUACGACAUGUGCCACUACGGGGCGGCCAAUGGGAUGCUGUGCACGGCAAUCGCCUCCUACGAAGAGCUGUGCAGCCUUCAGGGGAUACGCGCUGGCGCCUGGAGACCGUCUGUGCAGUGCCCUGUGCGUGACCCGUGUGUCGGUCUGGCCUGCGGGGAGGAUGAGUGGUGCGGCGAGCAGGCAGGGAGAUGGGGCUGUUACUGCUACAAAGCUUCUGAGCCCAUCCAAGUGGCUGACUAUGACUAUCAGCUGGCCUGCAGUGGGGGUAACAGCUCAGUGUCCCUGUCCCGCUGUCUGCUCUUCACCGACGGCUUCCCCGCCGAGGCCUUGCACCUGGCUGACCCCAGCUGCACCGGCAGCCUCGUCAGGGGCAGACUCGUCUUCUACUUCGACAGCACACGGCAGAGCUGCGGGACCACGCUGACGGUCAACGCCACCCACGCCACUUACUCCAACCAGGUGCAGGGCCGGGUGGGCACCAGCUAUGGAGGGGUCAUCAGCCGGGACAGGCUCCUCUUCUUGCACUUCUCCUGCGCCCAGCCACUGAGCAUCAACCUGUCCAUCCCAAUGGCCAUCCAGCCCAUACAGGAGUGCCCCAGCCUGCGAGACGGCACCGUGACAAUCGAGGAGGACGGCGUCUCCACCAUCAGCCGCUUCUCCUUCAACGUCUUCCAGUUCAUCCCUGACUUGGAACUGGUGUAUUUGCACUGCCGCAUCCGGCUCUGCAGCCCCCAAGCAGCCACGUGCACCAUGCACUGCGCCAGGCCAGGCUCUGCUGUGUGGGGCAGGAAGCCUCCGUCGGAGGUCGUGUCUGCUGGCCCUUUCCUGAAGUACGACAAAGCUGCCGACCAAGGUCUGCAGCUGGCCAGCGGGAGCCCUCGCUCACCCACCUGCUCCCCGCUGCUCCUGCUACUGCUCAGCACCUCCUGCCUGCUCCUUGCCGGAGCCCCCUGA